AUGACCCGCCCCGAGCCCGUCAAAAAGGUCUACCGUGCCAAAGCACAGCCCAAAGUUAACCACACUGGGAAACUGACAUUUGUCACAGCCGCACAGAGCCGAGCGGACAAGGAAGCUUGGCUCAGGGAACACCAAACCGGGUAUAAGCGGAUGGAACGCACAUGCGUGUACUGUAAGAAUGUUUUCGGGGAUAAAAUCGUGCGAGUACGGCAUGAGCGGCUGUGCAUUCGGAAACCUCGCUAUGAGUCUCCCGAUACGUCCAUGGACUCCGAAAACAAUUCACCAGAGCCUCCCGAGCGAACUGCGUAA